CCGCUCAGCGACGCCUUCCUGCUGCGGUUCCUGCGCGCCCGCGACUUCGACCUGGAGCUGGCCUGGCGGUUACUGAAAAACUAUUAUAAGUGGAGGGCAGAAUGUCCAGAAAUAAGUGCAGAUCUACGCCCUAGAAGUAUCCUUGGCCUUUUGAAGGCCGGUUACCUUGGAGUCCUGAGAGCCAGAGACCCCACCGGCAGCAAAGUUCUUAUUUACAGAAUCGCACAAUGGGACCCAAAAGUUUUCACAGCUUAUGAUGUUUUUCGUGUAAGUCUAAUCACAUCCGAGCUUAUUGUACAGGAGGUAGAAACGCAACGGAAUGGCAUCAAGGCGGUCUUUGAUCUAGAAGGCUGGCAGUUCGCUCAUGCUUUUCAAAUUACCCCGUCUGUAGCCAAGAAGAUUGCUGCUGUCCUUACAGAUUCCUUUCCAUUAAAAGUUCGUGGUAUCCAUUUGAUCAAUGAGCCAAUAAUUUUCCACGCUGUCUUUUCCAUGAUUAAACCAUUCCUGACUGAAAAAAUUAAGGAACGGAUUCAUAUGCAUGGGAACAAUUACAAACAAAGCUUACAUCAGCAUUUCCCAGACAUUCUUCCUCUGGAAUAUGGUGGUACAGAAUUCUCCAUGGAGGACAUUUGUCAGGAGUGGACAAAUUUUAUAAUGAAGUCUGAAAAUUAUCUCAGCAGCAUUUCACAGAUCAAUCAAUGAGAAGGAGUUAUUUCAUGUGAAUGACUUCUUAAUUAAAAAUACAUGAGUGA